ACUACCCCUGCUAGCUUAGGCUCGCUACUACUCCUUUUUAUGGUCUUUGCUCAGCAGCUUUGUCUUUUCAUCAAUCUUUUCCUACCUCUCCCACUCCAGAAGAGAACAAAUUUGCUCAGCUUCAGCUACCAUGUCUUCUACAAUAUGAACAAUAACAAUAGUAUCUCUAUGGCAUUUUCAUGUGGAAGUCAUUAUUAUGAUGGAGAAGAACCAGAAGUUCCACUGAUAAAUGAAACAAAGAGGUGUGCUGCUAUGGAUGUUCAAGUUCACAAUGAGCUUCAUGAAGGUCAAGUAGAGCUAUUGGACUUUGAAUUCUGGCCGGUCGAACAUCCUUCAGAGCCGCCCGAUGAGGAUCACCCCCUGAAAUGCCCAAUGCCGGACUCUUCUGUUAUCAAUGAUGGAGGAACAGGAAGGGUUUCUGAGAGCAACUAUAAGAGCUCAAUGCCGCGUAAGAGAACAGAAGUUUCUUCUCCUUGUUUUAUGGAGAUGGUAGAUCAGCCUCCUGUUCCUGUUGCUGUUCCGGUGAGAACAGUGAGGAAGAGGCAUCACACUCUCACCCGCGGCGGGGGUGAACAUGUCAUAUCCCCUCUGAGGAGAAUGCAGCCGCAUCCGCCACGCCCUCUACCGGCUCAGAACAUCACUGUCUUUCAAAUGCUUCAGCAGCUGGACAAGUCCUGAUCGGAAAUGGUUUAUGUCACUUGUCUUGCUCUUUUCAAGUCUGUUAUUGGAAGACUUGUAGCUAUUAUAGAAAACCAAAAUGCAGUAUGAACCCUUUUGUAAUUUCGUUGCCUGUUUCUGAUGCUGUUUCUAUAUAUUGAGAAUUGUAUUUGUUAGAAA